AUGGCAAGACAAGGCGGGUUUUAUGCUGUUCGAAAAGGUAGAGAAACUGGGAUCUUCAAUUCGUGGGAUGAAUGCAAGAGCCAAGUGAAUGGGUACGGCGGUGCCAUUUACAAAAAGUUUGACAACUAUGGUGAAGCCAAAUCCUUUGUCGGCCAAUCGAAUAAUGCAUCGGAUUACAGGAGUUCCGACCGUUUCGCAAACUCUAAUAUUAGCAAACCUCAUAGUAGACGAAAGCCCUCUCACGGGUUAAAUGCGCCAUCAUCUUUCUAUUCCUCGCUAACACCAUCUCCAGCAUCAGCAUCAUACUCCGUCAACAAAUCUGCCUUUUACUCAGUAAAAAGUAUCAAUCCAGAAGUCGAGAGUAAGAUUUUCAAUAACUGGAAUGACUGUCAAAACUAUGUCAAGCGUAAAAGAGGUAUAACAUUUAAGAAAUUUGAGGAUCAAUCUGCUGCAGAAAACUUUAUCAAUGGAAUUAGCGUACAUGACUACAAACUAAUGAAUAUUUCUAAGGACACUUUUGAAUCCAACUAUAAGCAUUCCAACUCUGUCAGAUAUGAUAAAUCCAUGAACGUUUAUUGCGAUGGUUCAAGUCUCGGUAAUGGUACCUCAUCAUCAAGGGCAGGCUAUGGUGCAUACUUUGAGGGAGCGCCUGAGGACAACAUUUCUGAACCCUUAAUGUCGGGAGCUCAAACUAAUAAUAGAGCUGAAAUUGAGGCUGUUUCUGAAGCCUUGAAGAAAAUAUGGCACAACCUAACUACUAAAGAAGAUAAAAUAAACUACCAAAUUAAGACCGAUUCAGAAUACGUGGCCAAACUGUUAAACGAUAGGUACAUGACUUACAAUGAUAGAAAAUUGAAAGAGUUGCCUAAUUCAGAUCUAGUCAUUCCUUUAGUGGAGAGAUUUGUUAAAGUUAAGAAAUAUUAUGAAUUGAAUAAGAACUCCUUCAAAAAUGAUGGCAAAUUCCAGAUUGAAUGGGUCAAAGGACACGCCGGUGAACCAGGUAACGAGAUGGCAGAUUUUCUGGCUAAGAAUGGAGCGUCCAGAAGGUAA